AGCUCUGCUGUUAUCCGAUGUGCGUGGUCCCGAUACACAGUCCGUUUGGACAGGGGGCGAGAUGGCGGCUGAAAUGGAAUCAGUUGUAUGGAAAUUCAUUUGGACGGUCAUUUAUGUGACAGCAUUAGCAGCAUAUUCUGGAAGAGGGACCACGGCGCAAAAGCCAUUUGCCUUUGCCAGUUACUAUGGUAACCACAUGGUUCUUCAAAAGGCUCCCCAAAGGACAACUAUAUGGGGCUAUGCUGCAAAGGAAGGGGAGACAAUCACAUUGAGCAUUAGCGGUAAGGGUCAGGUGACUACAACGUCCUUUAUAGGACCUAUGGUAUCAAUGCCUGUGUGGUCAGUUCAACUUCCUGCCAUUGAUGCCGGGGGCCCUUACAACAUCACAGCGACAUCUAGCGAGGGCAGCAUCAACCUAACAGAUGUGUUGUUUGGGGAUGUCUGGAUAUGUUCAGGUCAGAGCAACAUGCAGUUUACAGUCUCCAUGGGUCUUAAUGCCUCGGAAGAAGAGUUAGAUGCAGCUAACCAUCCCAACAUCCGGGUAUUUACAGUUGCCCUGGGAGGGUCUCCUUUUGAUGAAUAUGAUCUGUUGGGUAUCAGUGAACCCUGGUCUGUUCCUAGUGCAGACAGCAUUGGUGGCUCCCCUUGGUCGUACUUUUCGGCAGUCUGUUGGUUAUAUGGCAAGUACCUGUCGUCGCAUCUCAAAUACCCCAUCGGCCUCAUAGCAUCAUCAUACGGAGGAACCCGAGUGGAGGCGUGGUCAGCUCCCAGUGUUCUCAAGAAAUGUGAUAUAACCGAUGUAGCCGACGUAAACGAUGCUACAGAUGUUUCUGGUGUUGAUCCAAAUGCUGCUUCUGUUUUGUGGAACGCCAUGAUACGACCGUUCCUGAACAUGACCAUAUAUGGAGCCAUAUGGUAUCAAGGCGAGUCCAAUGCGACACCACCCACAACAAUGAACCAGUACAACUGUACGUUCCCCGCCAUGAUUGAUGACUGGAGAGACAGGUUCCAUGACGGCUCCCUUGGUCAAACCGAUCCACUGUUCCCGUUUGGAUUUGUACAGCUUGCUCCAUGGAGAAACACUGACGUCAUUACAACAGGUUUCACAGACAUUCGGUGGCACCAGACAGCUGACUACGGCUUCGUCCCUAACGCACGGAUGAAGAACACCUUCAUGGCAGUGGCCAUGGACCUGCCGGAUUUCUCGUCUCCUUGGCAAAGUAUCCAUCCCCGGGACAAGCAGGAUGUGUCUAUGCGUCUGUGUACAGCUGGACUUGCUGUGGCCUACAACCAAACUCAAUACUCCACCCUCAGUGGUCCCUACCCUUCUAGUUUUACUAUCUUGGCGCAGGAAGAAUCCGUACAGAUAACAUAUGACAAGGUUCUGGAAAUUAGAUCGAAAUCAGGCUUUGAGGUGACAUGUGUCCCCGCCAACAGUUCAUCAGGACCACAUGACAAUUCAGUGUGGUUCCCCUUGCCUAUGACGUCACAUGAUAACACAUCAGUUACCCUUAACUACAGCCAACUAUGUCUUCGGUCUAGAGACAUGGUGGUGUCUGCCAUACGUUAUGCCUGGCGAGAGUCGCCGUGUCCCUUUAAACAGUGUGCGGUCUACAACAAGGAUAGUGGCUACCCUGGGCCACCAUUCAUUCGAUUUGUUAGGCAAUAAGAUGAGAAGUAUUAAAAUUCUGAAAUAAAACGGAUACAAAAUA